AUGCCAGAACUGACAGAAUUAGACAAGGCCACGGCCUCGAUGACCGAGAAGCGCAAGGAGGAGACAGCUUCAUCAGACAGCGACUCUGACGACACUAUCCCGGAGCUGGAAGAUGCUGGAGCACCCGGUGCCGGCGGCAUCACCAACCCAAUGGCAGGGACUGACAUGGUGUCCAAACAGAAACAGUCCCGAGGAGAGAAGAAGGCUCGCAAGAUUAUGGGCAAGCUGGGACUCAAACCUGUCCAAGGUGUAAGUCGCGUCACCAUCAGGAAGUCAAAGAACAUAUUGUUUGUGAUCAGUUCACCCGAUGUGUACAAGAACCCACACUCGGACACAUACAUUGUGUUUGGUGAAGCCAAGAUCGAGGAUCUGUCUCAGCAGGCCACCAUGGCUGCCGCUGAACGGUUCAAGGCUCCCGAGACUGCUGCCGCUGGAAAUGACACCGCUACUUCUGGAACGACGGUGGCUCCCAUAGCUGAGGAAGAGGACUCUGAGGGUGCUGAUGAAGGGGAUGUGGAUGAGAAGGACGUGGAGAUAGUGAUGACACAGGCCAACGUGUCUCGAGCACGAGCCGUCCGGGCUCUCAGGAACAACCAGUCGGACAUUGUUAACGCUAUUAUGGAGCUAACCAUGUAG